UCGCAAUAACCUACCCUUGUCACUCUUUACAUUCUUUACUCACUAUCAUUUCAACAUGCGUUUAAUUUCGUCCUUCAGUCUCGCAAUUGCGGCCGCAGCUGCGACAGCUCCCCCAAACUCGUGGGCUGAUACCCCUGAAGCGUCUCCUCAACAUGCACCCGAAGUCACGGUCGUGGAGCUUCACAAGAGCUAUGUGGUGAAAUUGGCUUGUCUGGACUGCCCUUUCGCGGUGAAGAAGUCUCAGUUUAAUGUGUCGUGGGACCAACCGCCGCGAGACAAUGCUUUGCUACUCAAGUUCAACAUCGAUGACUCCGCCUCUGCCUUGCUUCCAAUGGGCACCAAAUACUACCCCUCGGAUCGAUGCCGCUCGAUAUCAACGCUUUACAGGUUCCCGCCCAUCUUACAACAGGUUUAAUGGCGGGACUUCUCGAGGAAGAAUUGACCCCAUCAUGGCCCUUUGUCAUGAAGUUUCCGUUACAGUAUGAGCAUACUUUGCUUCAAACCGAAAUGAACGGCCCGACUUGGAUUCAGUUUAACGUCGUUGGACUCCCUUUCGGCGAGACUACUGAGUCGGUUAAGAUGGAUAAGGAGGGUCAAAAGAUGAUCCAGAUACGAUUGGGCAAGAAGGACGACAGCAGUGAACUUCUCAUUGAGGACUUGCAAGUUGUAGAGAGGAAAGACCGGGCACAGCCCUUCAGAAUGAGGUGUGGCAAACUUGCGAUGGACCAAACGUCGUACGACCCCAAUGAGUGGGACAAGCAUGGCAAGUUUGGAACCUGGUCGAGGACCUGGAACGUUUUCAUGGGCAAGGCGGGAGGCUCUUGGGGCGAGAAAUUGCUGAACAACGUUCUUCUGCUGCCAUUGGCUUUAUCGCUUGCAUUCAUCCUCGUCGUAGCUCGCCGCUGGUACCAGCAAAGAGAGCAAGAGAAGGACUUCGGGGAAGAGGAGUUGGAGAUUGCCUUACUUGGAUCGUACUACGAAGAUGCGCCGCCGACGUAUGCUAAUAUUCCUGUUAUCAAGAUCGAGGAGUGCGACUAGUGUAUCCGUGGAUGCGUGGAAGGGCUGAGCGACAAUUAAAAGGGCGGGGCUGGCGCCCCGCCCUGUGUUCUUAGCAGCAUGCGCAGGCGAUAACCUUGCUGUUUGUAACUAUAGUUAAACACUCGCGGUUCAUACCAUCUAUCGGAUUCGUCCGCCCUUU